AUGGUUCGUUUCUCAAGGAACGCUGCGGUGGCUACCGGCCUCGUAGCUAUACUUCCGGCUGUCAUGGCGCAGAACUCAAACACAAAGCCAAUCGUGGCAGAUGGGACUUCGUUUGCCCUGAAUGGCGAAAAUGUAUCAUACCGCUUCCACGUGGACAACAGCACUGGUGAUCUUCUGGGCGAUCACUUUGGUGGCUCUGUCACAGGCGAUAUUCCUUUAGAGUCUGUGGGAGACGUCAAUGGCUGGGUUGGUACUUCGGGCCGUGUGCGCCGUGAAUUCCCAGACCAGGGACGCGGUGAUUUCCGGAUCCCUGCGAUUCGUAUUCGCCAGUCUGCAGGGUAUACCGUGUCUGAUCUGCAAUACAAAUCGCACAAGAUAAUUGCUGGAAAGCCUGCCGUUGCUGGUCUCCCCGCUACCACUGGCACGGAAGAAGAUGUCAGCACCUUGGUCGUCAGUCUAUACGACAAGUAUAGCGAUGUCGCAGCGGAUCUUUCUUACUCGAUCUUCCCCAAAUACGAUGCCAUCGUGCGAAGCGUCAAUGUCACAAACAAUGGCAACGCAAAUAUCACCAUCGAUUCUCUGGCCAGUCUGAGCGUGGACUUGCCAUAUGAAGAUCUGGAGAUGAUCAGCCUUCGUGGAGAUUGGGCGAGAGAAGCCCAUCGCGAGCGAAGAAAGGUCGAGUAUGGAAUCCAAAGCUUUGGCAGUUCGACCGGCUACUCGUCUCACCUUCACAACCCGUUCCUGGCAUUAGUGGAGCCUUCGGCUACUGAGUCUCGAGGAGAGGCAUGGGGAUUUUCGCUUGUGUACACGGGAUCUUUCUCGAUAGAUGUUGAGAAGGGCUCUCAGGGGUUCACUCGUGCUCUUCUAGGCUUUAAUUCCGGUCAGCUUUCAUGGAACUUAGCCCCUGGAGAGACUCUUGCGUCCCCGGAAUGCGUUUCUGUCUAUUCUAAGGAUGGUAUUGGUGGCAUGUCGCGCUCAUUACAUCGUUUGUAUCGCAAGCAUCUUAUCAGGAGCAAGUUUGCCACUAGUGAUCGCCCUGCCCUGCUCAACAGCUGGGAGGGACUUGGCUCUACCUUCAACGAAAGCAGUAUCUACAAUCUCGCAAAGGAAUCUGCCGAGGUAGGCGUCAAGCUCUUCGUUUUGGACGACGGUUGGUUCGGUGAUGAGUACCCUCGCAUUAAUGACGAGGAGGGUCUGGGCGACUGGGUACCAAACCCAGAUCGCUUCCCAAACGGCCUGGAGCCAAUCGUGAAAAAGAUCACAGAUCUGAAAGCCGCAAACUCCUCGACAAAUUUGCGCUUCGGUAUCUGGGUGGAGCCAGAGAUGGUCAACCCAAACUCGACCCUUUACCACGAGCACCCAGACUGGGCUUUGCACGCGGGACCGUACCCGCGAACCGAGAGACGCAACCAGCUCGUGCUGAACCUUGCCCUCACUGAGGUCCAAGAUUUCAUUAUCAAGGCCGUCUCGGACAUACUGAAUAGCGCAGAUAUCAGCUACGUCAAGUGGGACAACAACAGAGGAAUCCACGAAAUGCCUUCCCCUUCCACGGCUCACGCUUACAUGCUUGGCAUGUACCGGGUUUUCGACGAGUUGACCACCAAGUUCCCCGAUGUCCUGUGGGAAGGAUGUGCCUCGGGCGGAGGCCGCUUCGACCCCGGUGUUCUACAGUAUUUCCCUCAGAUCUGGACCUCAGAUGACACGGAUGCCGUUGAGCGUAUUUCCAUUCAGCUCGGCACCUCCCUAGCUUACCCACCCAGUGCAAUGGGUGCUCACCUGUCUGCCGUACCAAACCAGCAGACUGGCCGGACUGUCCCAGUUGCUUUCCGCGGCCACGUCGCGAUGAUGGGCGGGUCAUUUGGCUUGGAACUCGACCCAGCUGAGAUGCCCGCUGAGGAUAAAGCUGCUCUUCCUGGGCUGAUUGCUCUCGCGGAGAAGGUCAACCCCAUUGUGCUGGAUGGAGAUUUGUGGAGAUUGAACUUGCCCGAGGACUCGAACUGGCCUGCUGCUUUGUUCAUCGCUGAAGAUGGAGAGAAGGCUGUCCUGUUUGUCUUCCAGCUCGCGCCUAACAUUGAUCACUCUUGGCCUCGUAUUAGGUUACAGGGUCUGGAUGCGCAGGCUUCGUACAAGAUUGAUGGAAAUGCAGUUUACACUGGUGCGACGUUGAUGAAUCUCGGACUGCAGUUCCCCUUCAAAUCCGAUUACGGAAGCCAAGUUGUGAUGUUGGAGAAGCAACAAUGA